UGGUUUUGUACGUUUUUGGUCCAUUGACUUACAAGCAGUUAAUUCUGACGUCCGCUGGUGUGAGAGAAGCGGAGGCGUCAGCGCAGGAGCUCAUCCAGCGCAGGAGCUCAUCCAGCGCAGGAGCUCAUCCAGCGCAGGAGCUCAUCCAGCGCAGGAGCUCAUCCAGCGCAGGAGCUCAUCCAGCGCAGGUCACUUUAGCUAAGAAUGCAGAUGGUAAAUACAUUUCCCCAUUUCAUGACAUUCCACUGUUUGCUGGAUCUAAAGAGUACAGCGAUAUUCCUGCAAAGAGGUCAAAGACUACCGGAAGUGAGGUCCUGUUUAAUAUGAUUGUAGAAGUGCCUCGUUGGACGAAUGCAAAAAUGGAGAUUGCCACUGAGGAGCCGUUGAAUCCCAUUAAACAAGAUAUAAAGAAAGGCAAGCUUCGAUAUGUUGCAAAUGUCUUUCCUCACAAGGGUUAUAUAUGGAAUUAUGGUGCCCUCCCACAGACCUGGGAAGAUCCAAGCCAUACAGAUAACAAUACAGGAUGCUGUGGGGAUAAUGAUCCUAUUGAUGUUUGUGAAAUAGGUUCAAAGAUUCGUGCUUCUGGUGAGAUUGUUCAGGUGAAGGUCUUGGGUGUUCUAGCCCUUGUUGAUGAAGGAGAGACAGAUUGGAAGAUAAUUGCUAUCAGUGUGGAUGACCCAGAAGCUCAGAAAAUCCAUGAUAUUGAUGAUGUCAGGAAGCACAAACCAGGUUACCUUGAGGCUACGGUUGACUGGUUCCGAUUAUAUAAAGUCCCUGAUGGUAAACCGGAAAAUCAGUUCGCUUUUAAUGGAGAAUUUAAAGACAAGGAUUUUGCUGUUGAAAUUAUUAAAUCCACCCAUGAAUACUGGAAAGCUUUGCUUCAUAAAAAAGCUGAUGGAGGUACUAUUAAGUGCACAAAUGUUCUGGUGAGUGGCAGCCCAUUUUGUUGCAGUGAGGAGGAUGCCCGAUUGAUUGUGCAGUCUGCUACUGCCUCUUAG